AUGCCACACGAAGUGAUCUUCCAUUCGCCGGAUGAACAGUCUGUGAUAAUGCGUGUGGCUCGUGAACUAGCGAAGCUUGGUGAUGAGAUAGAUGAGUGUUUCACAGGGUACAUUCCUCGAAGGAUGACAAACGUUUGGAAUUCCACUCAGUUGGGAGGAUUGCGAAUGUGGACGAACGAGAGAGCAGCUGAGGAGAGACGGCCAACGCAAAGCGAACAACAAUUACAGCAGAGCCCAACAUUUUUCACGAGAACUUUAAAAAGGCUACUUCUGACAGCCACUUUGUAUGUGCUUCUGAAUCUGAGAUGA